GAUGGGACACCAAGAAGAAAGUUUUGAAAACUAUUUUUUAAGAAAUAAAACUCAGCCCGGGUGGAUGCUAACGAGCUGCUAGCAGAAAGUUUCUGGAGCUCAGGGUGGGAGGCGUCGCGCCGCAGGAAUUAGACGGAGCCGCGUGAGCGGAGGGUGUGACGCACUCCCUGGUCCAGUCUGCCCAGUUCGGGAUGGCAGAGGACAGCGAUAUGAAGGGAACAGCAGAGUUUAUCAAAGACCGUCUCUACUUUGCCACGUUACGCAGCAAACCCAAAAGCACGGCCAACACGCACUACUUCUGCACCGACGACGAGUUCGUCUACGAGAACUUCUACGCAGACUUCGGACCUCUGAACCUGGCCAUGCUGUAUCGAUACUGCUGCAAGCUGAACAAGAAGCUAAAGUCGUUCACGCUAACCAGGAAGAGGAUCGUCCACUACACCAGCUUCGACCAGAGGAAGAGGUCCAACGCUGCGGUUCUGAUCGGAGGCUACGCCGUGAUCUACCUGAAGAAAACUCCAGAAGAAGCUUACAGAGCUCUGAUCUCUGGGUCCAACGCCUCCUACCUGCCAUUCAGAGACGCUGCCUUCGGGAAUUGCACCUACAACCUGACAGUGCUGGACUGUCUGCAGGGAAUCAGGAAGGCUCUGCAGCACGGAUUCUUUGACUUUGAGUCAUUUGAUGUGGAAGAGUACGAACACUAUGAGCGUGUGGAGAACGGAGACCUGAACUGGAUCGUCCCGGAGAAGUUUUUGGCCUUCAGCGGACCCCAUCCUAAAUCUAAAGUAGAAAACGGUUACCCUCUUCACGCGCCCGAGGCUUACUUCCCCUACUUCAGAAAACACAACGUGACCACCGUCAUCCGCCUGAACAAGAAGAUCUACGACGCCAGGCGCUUCACCAACGCCGGCUUCGAACACUACGACCUCUUCUUCGUGGACGGCAGCACGCCCAAUGACAUCAUCGUCCGCCGUUUCCUGUACAUCGGUGAGAACGCGGCAGGAGCUGUGGCGGUCCACUGCAAAGCCGGACUGGGCAGAACGGGCACUCUGGUCGGCUGUUACCUGAUGAAGCAUUACCGCUUCACGGCCGGCGAGGCCAUCGCCUGGAUCAGGAUCUGCAGGCCGGGUUCUGUCAUCGGGCCGCAGCAGAACUUCCUGGAAGAGAAGCAGACGUUGAUGUGGCUGCAGGGCGACAGCUACCGCGCUCAGAAAGGGAAAGCGGAAGACAAGGCGGUGCCUCGACUCAUCACCAGCAUGGACGAGCUCUCCUUAAACACCAGAUCGUCCAUCUCCACCCAUCUGCAGGAGGGCAGCCUUACAGACGGUUCAGGUCUGACUCAGGGAGACAAACUAAGAGCCCUGAAGAGCCGACGUCCUCCUCGACCGUCCACCGCUGGAGCACUGAGGGUUGACGAGAUGAAGAUGCAGAGCCGCUCCUCUUCGCAGCCGCUCAGGUUGUCGAUGGGGGGCGGUCAGGGACACUCCUCCGCACUCAAGCCCUCCAAAUUCCCAGCAUCCUCUGCUUCCGCCGCAGCCAAACGGAUCGGGAGGAACUCUUCAUCGCUGGCGUCGAAUGUGAGAAGCUCGGCCUUUGGUUUGCGAUUGGCCAACUCCCUCGGCGAUCUCUACACCGCUGACAUCGAGGAGGACGAGAAGACGCCGUACUCCUCUGCUCCUCCCUCCUCCUCUGUAUCUUUAGGCCCCUCCCCCUCAUCUAUUGCCCCGCCUUCUCUAUCUUGCUACGGUAACGGACCUCGCGGUUUGCAGCACGAAGUCAACAACAACGGCGGCGCCCUGUACGGCGGCUCUGUGGCGCCACCUGCGGGCAAAAGUUUUAUCCGCUCGCUGCAUCAGGACCCCUUCAGUGGUCACGGGCCCUAUAGUGCCACGAAGGGCCCCUCGGGACGCUACCUGAGCCGCUCCAUACCUUCUCUUCGGUCGGAAUACGUCCAGUACUAAGACUCCAGGUCCC